AUGGAUCAGGUGGAUAAGAAAGAACAGACAAUUGCGAUGGUCAACAAGUACAAGGCUAUGUACCAAAUGUAUAUGGAUAGCCUAACUCCUCAUGUGAAAUACAGAUGGUCCGCGCUUGGUAUUGGUUUGGUGCUCUUUUUCCUUCGAGUCGCUUACGGCGAGGGUUGGUAUGUAGUGUGCUACGGGCUAGGGAUCUAUUUACUGAACCAGUUUCUAAGCUUUUUGACGCCAAAGUUUGAUGUCUCGCUGCAGCAAGAUGAGGAGAAUAACGAGCUAGAGUCUGGAGAGAGGGUGGAUGAAUUCAGACCGUUCAUCAGAAGGCUACCGGAGUUCAAAUUCUGGCACAACUCCAUGAGAGCAUUGGCGCUAUGUUCUAGCUUGACUCUCUUCCGCAUCUUUGAUAUCCCAGUUUUCUGGCCCAUUCUCGUUAUGUACUUUAUCCUACUGUUCGCCUUGACCAUGAGAAGGCAGAUUCAGCACAUGAUAAAGUACAAGUACAUUCCCCUUGAUAUCGGCAAGAAGAGAUACGCUGCAAAAGAAUGA